AUGGGGAUCGCUGGCUUCUACCUGUGGCUGAAGCGCUGGUACGGUGAGUGCGUGGAGGAUGUUCCGGAGUCCGUUGUUGAAGCCGCGCAGAACGGUCAGGCGCUACCCGACGAGAACGGUGCAAGACGGCAGUACGACAAUCUUUACCUUGACAUGAAUGGUCUGAUUCACCCCUGCUGUCACGACACCGCACCCCUGCCGGAGCCACAGUCGGAGGAGGAGAUGUUGCAACGCAUCUUUGCGCAGAUGGAUCUCCUCUUCAAGAUCGUGCGCCCACGCAAGUGCCUUGUGCUCUGCAUCGACGGUGUGGCACCACAAAGCAAGAUGAAUCAGCAGCGCAGUCGCCGCUUCCGCGCUGCAGAGGAGCGUGUUGAAAGCGACACACUCUCCGAGAAGUGUGCUGAAGCGGUGAUUCAGCAAGGCCUUCCCCGCCCGAACACACGGGAUCGGUGGGACCACAACGUCAUCACACCAUCAACGGCAUUCAUGGAGCGCGUCGGGCUCGCCAUUGAGUGGUUUGUGGUAAAGAAGCUCAACGAGGACCCGGCGUGGCGGCACAUCACCGUCGUCUUCUCUGAUGCCCACGUACCAGGGGAAGGCGAGCACAAGAUCAUGCAAUACAUACGCGGGCUCCGUGCCCAGCCUGGCUACGACCCACGCACGUCCCACGUCGUGCAUGGCAUGGACGCCGAUCUUAUCUGUCUGGGUUUGUCAACGCACGAGGAGCACCUGACGAUACUGCGCAACCAGCUCACAGAGACAUUUCAGCCCGACCACAACCGCUUCUGUUACUUUAGUCUCCGCAAGUACCGUCAGCGUCUGAAGGAGGACUUCAGCAGCAUCGGCAAAAUGAAUUUUGAAAGGGUGUUGGACGAUUUUGUUUUUCUGUGCUUUUUCGUGGGAAAUGACUUCCUUCCGCACGUGCCGCUCAUCUCGAUUAAGACAAAAGGCAUUGAGCUGCUACUGGAUCAUUAUGUGCGGAGUUUCGCAAAGCACUCCUACAUUACUGAUAAGGGCGAGGUGAACUACCCUACCUUGUCAAAGUUCCUGAAGAGUUUCAUCGAGGACUAUAUGGGAUCCCUCAAACGGGAAUAUGGUGGUGUGCUCCGGGCGAAGGAGAGAGCAAAAACCAAUGUUGAGGAGCGUGUGAAGGGGUAUGAGAAUGAGUUGAAGGAGCUGCUCGCGUCGGUUGAACCAAACUGUAGUAACGCACAAGAAGUAAGUGAUGCGGCGCACAAGCUCAUGUUGUCCAUUCUAAAGGAGCGUACACGACUCGUUGCAGAUAAGCAGCCGUUAGGGUUUUCCUACGUUGACGCAGGCCACCGUGACAUAUACUACGAGAAGAAGUUUGGAUGGGAUCCCGCACAACGUGAGGAGUUUGAGGCGAACAUUAAGGCCUGUUGUGCGGAGUACCUACGUGGGACGCAGUGGGUUAUGCGGUACUACACCAUCGGGUGCCCGUCGUGGGACUGGUUCUACCCGUUUCACUAUGCCCCUCUGUUACAGGACCUGGCGCAAUUCAAUGACCCUGUGAAUGUGGAGAUGCAUAUGGGUGCACCUCGGAAUCCGGUGGUGCAGCUACUUGCGGUGUUGCCGCGGUUAAGUGUACACGCGUUGCCAGAGGAACUACACGAGGCGGUGGAGGACCCGACUUCUGUUCUUGGCAUCUUUUAUCCUGACCGAAUUGACGUAGACUUUAGUGAGGCUCACUUUUCUUACCAGGGUGUGCUUCGGCUGCCAUUCAUCAACAGUCAGCAGCUACAGGCUGCGUGUCAGGAGAUUGUACAGCUGGAGCCUGACCAGGGCGUAACUCUUCUGCUUUGCCAUGAGUCGAAUCCCCUAUGCUGUGCGCUGAAUGAGCUCCUUGCCGGAAAGGAUAGCACGAAGGCGGCGGUACGGAUUCCCCGCACAGUGACUGCCAAGGUUCCGAUUGCAGGAUGUGUUGGGCGCUACAAGAUGGAGUGGCCUCUCCACGCCAAACUGGAAUGCCCAGACGCUGGCGUCGCGAAGGAGACUUCUUACGGGGAUCCGAUUGAGGGCAAUAAGGCUUGCUGCUAUCGCUACGAACUUGACACGCGUGCGGUCUACAAGCCUAGACUCUUGCGUACUUCACGGAAGCACACCGACGAUACAACAGCUGCUGCCGAAGUGGCAGCAACAGCAGCGGGGGUGGUGGAAGCAAAGGACACUGCGGCAGUGAAGCGCUCUGCGCGGAAACGCACUCGUGAAACUGCAGUUGCAAAGGCGAGUAACGGAAUCACGACACCCACUCGCAGAGUGAAGCAUGAACAUGAAGAAUGCGAACGGAGCCGCCCCCAGCAGCAGAAACACCCUGAGACCAAAAAGAGCAAAAAGGAUGGGGCUGUGGUGAAGGCAAAAGUGGCAGUUGAAGUGGCGCCGCCGGCGAAGAAGCCACAGUCCGAGGCCAUACCGAAGAAGAAGAAGAAUGGUGGUAAUAGCGCCUCGAAGAAGGCAACAAACAAUGUGGCAGGCACCAAGCGGAGGCUUAAAAAGAAAGCGGACGGUCUUGCCCGUCCGUAG